AUGGUGCCCAUUGACCUCGGCCACUACUGCAGCUCAACUCUGCAGACUGCGCUGUGGCAACUCUAUCAGAGUGGAAAGCACACCGACCUGACCGUCACCUGCGGGGUGCGAAAAUUCCACGUUCACAAGGCGGUGGUUUGUGCGCAAUCUUCUUUUUUUAACGCGGCGUGUGGAGGAGGAUUCAAAGAAUCCCUCGAAGGAUGUAUCGAUUUACCUGAUGAUGACCCAGACAUGGUGGAGCGGCUCUUCCAGUUCCUGUAUUUGGGGAAUUACUCGGACGGGGAGUAUUUCGACGAGAUGCCGUCAAUUCCUGCGAUGAUGGAGGCAAAGGAGGUUGAAACGCUGGUGAAAACCAAGUCCGAUGCUUUCCUAACCACCAAAAUGGAAGACCCUGCCAACGACGUGGACUACGUACCGGAGGAACCUGACCCGGAGCCUUUAGAAUACGAGUCAGGAUCUGAUGACGCCGACGACACUGACGACGCUGACGACGCUGACGACGCCGAGGACGCCGACGAGGCCGACAACACCGACGAAACCGACGACGCCGACGACGCCGACGACGCCAAACCAGACGCAAUGGCCGCUAAGACUGAGAUCACAUCCGUUCCACCCAUCUCUAUAUUCACAUCAUUGCGUAUGUACGUUAUGGGAGAUAAAUACGACGUCCCUGCGCUACAGCUUCUCGCGAAGCAGCGAUUCAUGCGCACUGCAGAGAAUAACUGGCAAGUCUACAACAAGUUUCCGGACGUGUUGGAUGAAUUGUUCAUGACGACUGCAUCGGACGAUCCACUACGAGACACCCCUGCGGAACGACGUCUGAUUCUCAAGCUGGACGCCCUGAUCAUUGUGUUUCUGUUUCUCGCGCAUUGGGCCAAGGUGCUCGAUUCGUCCGCAACAAGUACCGCCUACGUGAGAGGUAUGAAGGAGGAUUUAUCCCUGUAUGGAAAUGAGUUGAAUUAUCUGAACACCGUGUACAUGGUUGAAUUUAUCACAAUGCAAAUCCCACUGACCCUUAUAAUGACUCGUACCCCAAUCAACAUCUUCCUCCCCACCGCCGACCUUCUCUGGGGCAUCUUCACCCUGGCCCAGUACAAAGCCACCAGCGUGACAACGCUUUAUGCCCUGCGCUUCUUCGUCGGCGCACUCGGCGGUUUCUUCUUCCCCGCUGUGCAAUGGUACCUUGGCAGCUGGUACAAGCGCUCCGAGCUAGCUCGACGCGGAGCCAUCUUCUUCAUCUCCAGCCAGGUAGGGAGCAUGAGCUUGGGGUACAUCCAAGCAGGAGCGUAUGAGAUGGCUAUACAUCAUCUGUACUUCCCCUUCCUUGCUUUAUAUAUUAUAAAUAAGUGGGUGGGUACUAAGAUAGUAGGUUUCGCAUGUACCAUUCCCAUUGCUAUACUUGGAUUCUUCCUCCUUCCCAGCACCCCGGAUCAUUCCCGACCUCGAUUCCUCAGCGAAGCUGAAAUCCACCUCGCGCGGGAGCGCAUGAGAGCAGAGCAUCUUGAACCAUGA